UGUUUAUUCAGGAUUAUUAUGACGUAUAAGACAUUUUCCUCAAAUAUUUCCGGCCUACAUAAGGGACCUCCUUCUGCCCUGAAGAAAGCGAUCAGCGCGCUCCGCACGAAUCGCCCUUCAAAGACCCCCCUCGGCCUCAAGUCAUGUCUCAGAAGCUUUCGCUCCAGAAUGCGCUCCUGACACUCGAACAACUGCAGCGGACACCUUCACGCGAGGACGGCGUCUCGGAAGAACAGGAGGACAACCUGCGUCAGCUCGGCUGUCAUCUCAUUCAAACUGCUGGCAUCCUCAUGAAGCUGCCACAGGUGGCGAUGGCGACCGCUCAGAUCCUCUUCCAACGGUUCUUUUACCAAGCAUCUCUCCACAAAUUCGCCGUUCGAGAUAUUGCGAUGGGAUCAAUAUUCUUGGCUGCAAAAGUAGAAGAAUGUCCCUGUCGCCUAACGGACUUGGUCAAUGUGGUGGAUCACCUCUGCAAACGGUUUCGACGCAAGCCCUUGGAUCCUCUUGUUCUCUUUGGAAAUGAGUUUUACGAGCUGAAGAACGCGGUAGUGAUCGCAGAAAUGCAGAUUCUCAAGAAACUUGGCUUCAAUGUCCAUGUGCAGCUGCCCUACGCGAUCAUGGUCAACUACCUCAAGGUCCUGGAGCUGACAGAGCAUCCUACUAUCCCACAACGUGCCUGGGGGUUUUUAAAUGACGGAUUGAGGACAAGUAUAUACAUUUGCUACCAACCACCGACGAUCGCAUGCAGUGUCAUCUGGCUGGCAGCACGGGAAGCAGGCGUACCCUUACCGACAUAUCCAGCAUGGUGGGAGGUUCUGGACUCGAGACUAGAAGAUAUCGAGAAUAUUGCGGGACAUAUCAAGUCACUUUAUUACAGGACACUGCCGAUCCCGGAAUUGCCAUUGACCAUCGAGGAGGUGGAGCCGUAUCUGAGGAAACAGAAACAGCAGGGACAACAACAGGAUGAGCCGACAAAGAAGAACAAUAUUGGGGCAGAUGCAGCAGAAGAGAGUCCGUGCAGUUCAGGUUCAACACGGAGCACACGGGUGUCUCGGUUCUCGUAAAUAUUAAAUCGUCAUUGUCGUCAUAGUUUCUCCUCGUUUUGGAGGAAACUCCUUUUACGGUGUAGUCUGGAUCUGCUUGUCUUUCAUAUCUGGUUAUUUUAUUAUUUUAUUUUACCAGUGCUGUGGGUUCGGAGAGAGGAGAGGAGGGGGGACAUGAUCGGAAAGUGCUUAUGAAGCCAAAUAAAAUGAUGCUGCAUGAGCAUUUGCGCACUGCGCCUCGGCGAUUGAAAA